AUGCUUUCCAAAUCCCUCGCGUUGGUAGCCAGCACCGCCGGCUACCUAGUAUCGACGACUUCCGCCCAAACAACGACCACGCCCUUUUACACGGCCGUCUACACGACCUCGCUCGAGGCCACGCCCACUAUCGAUGUCCUCUGCGUCAGCCGCGAGACGUGGCUCGACACCGUACCCGUGAGCCUGGUGAUGCCCCGCGAGGUGUCGGGAUGGCCCGAGAACGGAGUCACCGUCGUCGGGGCCGCCGUCUCCAAGAUCCCCUCGCGGCGCCGCAGGAACGCGACGGCGACGAGUGAGUCAUCACCCGCCGAGACAGCCGCCGAACCCACGGGGGCGGAGCAGCCGACCGACGCGACCGAGACAGAGCCAAGCGAGGCGGAGAGCAGCGAAACCCAGUCCUCGUCGUCGUCGUCGGCGGCCGAGGCGAGCGAGGCCCAAGUCACCGCCCAGGCCAACCCCGCCACGCUCACGUCGACGUACGUCGCCACGGGGUCCGAGGUUAGCACGCUGGUCAACGAAGUCGUGGGCACGUCGCGGCUGGAGUGGUACAGCACCUCCCGGGUCACGUUCGUGGAGGUGGUCGGGCCCGACUACCCGGCCACGAUUGUGCGGACGGGCUACACGACGAUUGAGUUUUCGCACAGCGCGCAGGAUUUGCAGGUGGAGGAGUCCUCUUUUGAGGCUUCGAGCACGGUUCGCUCAAUUUCAAAGUCUGAGCUUGUGAACUGCCGCUUUUGCACCGAACCCUACCCGCCCGCCGCGCAAGUCCUCGCCCGCGCCCGCGAAGCCGGCGUCGACGACAUCUGCGGCAUCCGCGUCAACCUCACCGCCAGCGCCACCGACGGCAACGACGUCGCCUUCGAAAUCUACCUCCCCAACCCGACCAAAUGGAACCGUCGGUUCUUAACCGUCGGCAACGGCGGCUUCAACGGCGGCACCAGCCGCCUCGACAUGCUCGCCCGCGCCGUGCACGGGUGGGCCGUCAUGUCCACCAACACGGGCCACGAGGAGCAGGGCAUGGGCUGGGGCGUGCGCGGGGACGAGGUGCAAAAGGACUGGGCGUGGCGCGCCAUGAAGCAGUCCCUCCCCUUUGCCAAGGAUAUCGUCGCCGCCUACUACGGGGACGUCAAGACCGUGGCCAACUACUACUCGGGCUGCUCCACCGGUGGGAGGAUGGGGAUCCGCCAGGUGCAGGAAGACGCCGCGAGCUUCGACGGCAUGCUCAUCGGCGCGCCGGCCUGGAACGUCAAGUCCGCCAUGCCCGUGCUCUCGCGCAUCGGCUGGCUCGGCGACAAGUUUGGUCUCAGUGCCACGUUUGACCGCAACCUCUUUGUGCGCAUCUCCGACCGCGUCCUGCGCGAGUGCAACGUCAUCGGCUUCGACAAGACCGCCGACGACGGCGUCGUCCGCGACUCCGCCGCCUGCCUGGAACACUUUGUGACCUCUGGCAUCAACGGCACCGUGUGGGACGGGCUCGACUGCACGGCCGGUAACCCGGAGUGCGUGUCCCUAUCCCAGAGGGAGGCCUUCCUCACCAUCGCCCAAGAGUUCAAGCGCCCGCCCCAGAACCAGACGUACGCCGGCGACGGGUUCGACAUCACCGCCGCCCAAGACUUUGCCGUGUUCCUCCUGCAGCAGAGCCUCAUGGGGUUCGAUCAGGAUUUCUCCCGCUACAUGAUUGGGCAGGAAAUCAUCUGGAACAACGACGCCAACGGCGCCCUUCUCAUCGACAAGUCCAACGCCUGGGACGCCCGCAUCCGCGCCAACGCCGAUCCCGCCGUCCUCAAGACCUGGCCCGGCAAAGUCAUCUUGUACACCGGCACGGCCGACGGCUACGUAUCCUCCGAGGGCACGCGGCGCGCCCUCGCGGGGGCACGUCUAACCAAAACCUCAGGUUCUUCGAGAUCCCCGGCAUGCCGCAUUGCGUGGACCUCGGGACCGGCGCGAAGCAACCUCCCUGGUACAUUGGAGGCCCGGCCAACUACCUCGCCGCCCCGACCGGCUCGCGGUGGCACAUGCCCAACAACACCGUCCCCCUCUCAACACCCCGGAAUACGAUGCCCUAAACGCCUUGACGGCGUGGGUCGAGGGCCGGAACCGGAACCCUCCGGCCCCGGCACCGGAGAAGCUCAUCUCCACGGGGUUUGCCAACUGGCCCGAUCUGAAAGUGACCAAGCAGCGACCGAUUUGCGCGGCGCCUAA